UUCACCAGUCACCAGUGCUGCAGGCCUAUUUGGUUCUCGGGAGAGCAUUACUCGGAUCUGGAAAUGGGAUCCGGAUUUUCAACAUACCAAGGAGUAAGCAUCCGUUCGCCCAAAAUCGACGAAGGUUAUGGCUUCAAGCUAUAAAGAGGGCGGAUUGGGGCACAAAUGGUCCACAAGGAGAUGCGGGUGUCUGUAGUGCACAUUUCAUUUCUGGGGAGCCAUCGCUGGAGUAUGAUAGCCCAGAUUUUGUGCCCUCCAUAUUCCCUCAUAAUAGCAUCACUGGGGAUGGGUCAGCUGCUGUUUCAAGGUUUCCACAAAAGACAAGGCACAAAGAUGGAAGAGCCCCUAAUGAUGGACCGACGGAAGAUAUUGCAGCUGAGAAGCCACCUGAAAAGCCACUGGAACAACAGUACAGAGAGUUGCUUCAGGACUAUUUGGCACUCAAGAAAGCGUUUGAGAUUGUCAGUGAUUCAUCGUCGACUACAGAGCCAUCAGUGAGUGCAGUCAGCUGCAUGGAUCAACAUGAGCCCGAGACACACAACCAGGACUGGUUGCGUCUUGCACGUGAAGCAACCACUGGUCCCCCACCUUGUGGAGUUCCCAGGCCAGAAGCUGAAAGCGAACAAAACGGAGCAAGACAGGCCGUUGUCGAGGUGACUAUUUAUUAUCCCUCCAAGCCGAAGGGUGAGCGCAUUGUGUGUCCAGAUGACACAGGAGCCAUAGUGGCAGCCAUGGCAAGGAAAAGCUGGAAACGGGCUGCCAAAAAGAUCAUGGAACAUGCAGAGCUACUUGGACCACUCAAUGACAAAAAUAAACUCCUACCCAUUAUUGAGGAGGAGUGCAAGAAGAUCUGCAGUCCAGACGCAGAGUUCAUACUGACCAAGACGUCUCCUGAAGAUCUGAAGGCGUUCUCCCUUAAGAAGUUGCAUGCAGACCUCCAGCGCGUUGCCCCGUUUUUGCUGUCGAUUUUCUCGUGCAUCUCCAGAAGAUCUGAGGACAUUGCGUGUGUCGCAGCAGCGAUAGCUUUGAGGGGCAGAGACCCACGCCUGUCAGCCCUCUCCUACUAUGUCUCCAACAUCCUACAGUGUGGUGGGGUGAAGAAGAGAGUCCUUGAUAGCAUUAUGAAACUAGGCAUAACCGUUUCGUACAACUGUUCCUUCAAGAAACGAAUGGAACUGGCAAUGGCAAGCAACGGGGAGGAUUUUGAACCACUGAAAGUAACCAGUGAUACAUUCCUGAAGGAACAAGAAGACGAAGAACAACAACAACAAGAUGAUGGUGAUGAAGACGAAGGCCGCACAGACAAGGGUGGAUUUGUUCUAAAGAGUGAAAACGAAGGUGCCGAAGACAUUACCAGAAGGAGCGCAUCCAAUGUUACUGUGAGCGACCAGAGUGAAACCAUGUGGGAUAGCCUAAUGCAGAGCACUCAUGAAAACCCUGCUGGAAUGGAACAGACUACUGGUGUUAACACUAGUCCAUCACAGAGGGACCAGAAACUGGAGUCCAAUGAAUAUACAGAUGUACCCUACAAUAUACAUCCCACACACUUGAAAGGGCGCCCCGAUCACAAGCAGUAUCUAAAGGACCUGGUCUACAAAUGCCCAUGCUGCAAGUUCUCUACAGAAGUUAAAAUCAAAUUCAACUUCCACAUGGACUUUCACAUCAAUCACGCCGUUCCAUUUAAAGAAUACUACAUCUGCAAAUGCCAAAUGCCGUGCAGGCAAAUGCGACAUGCGUUGGGUCCACAUGCAGCGCUCAGCACAGCGAACCAUUUCCAUUGCCUUUUCUGCUCACUAACAUUUACGGAGAAGCCUGCGUUUGCGCUGCAUUUAAUAUAUUGCUCCAUUGCACCUGCCUCUUCUCCUGCCUCCACCCACAACGAUCGUCCUUCCAACCACAGCCAUCUGCCCAGCAGUGCUGGAGACAUUAAGGAUCCACUAUCUCCUGGCACUUUAUCUGAGCAGAGUAUCAGCAGAGCAGGUCAACAUGUGUCUUGCCAGACUGACCCACCAGAAAUAUCCACUGUUGCAACACAGUUGUCUAUCGAGACAUUUAAACCCCACUGCAAGACCACAGAAACACAGACGUCUGUAGUCUACAGCGAUGCCUGUGCCAGCACUGAAUCGGAGACGAUCGAGAGAUUUCCCUUCGAUCCCUACGAGAGACCGAGCAAGAGGCCACGUCUGGACCUGGAGGAGGAAGCUGAGAAGGGCAGCAGCUCAUUGAUGGACAUCGGGGAGUCAGGGACCGAGUCUGCAGGUUUAACAACCGAUUCGCUAACACCUUCCCAUAAGAUGUCUACGUACAUCGUCUACGAAUCCUGCUUAAGAGAGCUGCUUACAGAGUGUCCCGACUGUAAGUUGGAAAUGGAUGUCAGCAUGAGACGUUUGGGCACAUUCGUGACGGUGCACCAGCACUGCAAAUACUGUCAGUACUCUCGACGAUGGAACAGCCAGCCUGUUCUUGGAAGCACUCCUGCAGGGAACCUACAACUGGCAGCUGCCAUUUACACCAAUGGUGCAUCUUUCACCAACAUCGAACAGAUUUUUAAGACAAUGAACUUGAAGAUGUUGUCCUACGAGACCUUCCAAAGACAUGCCCGUAUGUACAUAGAGCCAGCUAUCGUCCACAAGUGGAGGACGACCCAAGAUGGCCUGUUAGCAGAGCUUUCUCAACAGCACCUCAUCCACCUUCGUGGAGACAUGAGGACAGACCUUCCAGGCCGCACUGGCAGCUACACCAUGAUGGACCUCAGAAAUAACAAAGUCAUCGAUAUUCAGCUAGUUGAGAGUAGUGAGGUUGGUGCCAAUGAGAGCAUGGAGGUAAAAGGCCUGGGAAGGAGUCUCGCUCUCUUGAAGGACCAUGACGUGAGACCUGACACUGUCGUCACAGAGGCUCGACCCGAGAUAGAGGAGUUCCUCAGUGAGGCCACCUUCACGCACUACUAUGAUGUCGGACACGUCGAAAAAGGACUUUCCAAGAAGCUGCAAACAUUGUCGCAUAAGAAAUUCUUCCCACGUCUGAAGAAAUGGUUCCCCACCAUAAGGAAACACCUGUACUGGACAGCAGAGACCUCCACUACAGGACCGGAGAGAGAAGCAAAGUGGCGACUUCUUAUGAAACACAUCCGAAAUCUCCAUGUCCACGGCGACUCUCAAUUCCCUGAGAAUCUGUACACUUCACGAAAACCACAGAAGGAUCCACCAAAAAAGCUGAUAGAUGUACCGCAAGCCCUUGACGAAUUGAGGAUGGUACUGAUCACUGAGAAGAUCCUGAAAGAUAUAUGGAAACUCAGCCCUCAUCCCCACACAACUUCACUUGAGGAUUUCCGCAGCGUCAGCACGCGAUUCACACCCAAACAUGUGAUUCUGCCUUAUCAAGGAAGACUAUGCAGGUUGUAUUUGGCAGCGCUGCACUUUAAUGAAAACUCAGGCCGUCCCCAAGCGACCUCAGCUGAUGGUGAGCCCCUGUUCAGGGUGGCGUUUCCCAAGUCCCAGACAAGAGAAUGCACAGACAAGCCUGUGAAGGUGGAGCCAACAUACCGCUAUGCAGAAGAGCUGGUGGACUUGGUGUUUGACAAGGUCUUCCCGGACCCCACUCCAUAUGUGGAAGAGGUGCUGAAGAUCCCCAGACCUCCAGAUGUGCCUUCACGCUUUGACCAACCGUGUAGUCAGGAUGUUGUAUCUGGCUACGUCUCCUUGAUCAAUCGAGGAGGCAGGCCUCCCCUCUAUUGACCUCCUGAUGUGCCUUCACGCUUUGACCAACCGUGUAGUCAGGAUGUUGUAUCUGGCUACGUCUCCGUUAUCAAUCGAGGAGGCAGGCCUCCCCUCUAUUGACCUCCUGAUGUGCCUUCACGCUUUGACCAACCGUGUAGUCAGGAUGUUGUAUCUGGCUACGUCUCCUUGAUCAAUCAAGGAGGCAGGCCUCCCCUCUAUUGACCUCCCCAUGAGUGAACUUUAUUCCAGCGCUUCAGCACCGCACAUCACAAGUGGGAGGGGCAACUGGAGCUUGGACCAUUUUUGUAUCAAUGUUAAGAUCUUUCCUUGUUUAUUUUUGUAUUGACUCAUUAAUGUUUUGCACAUCUCUCAACUUUAUAAUGUUAUACAUAUUUGUAAUUGAAUGUGCACAAGUGUAAAAAAAAAAAAUCCCCAAUGUUGCAAAUGUUUUAGUUUGCCUGUGGAGCACAGUUAAAAUUAUGUUCUAUGAAUAUUCAGAGUUCAGAUUUUUUAAAUAAAUUGAUCUGAAUGCAA